CACCGAUCCACCCCAAUAUAAAUAACUUCUUAGUAGUGAAAUGUAUAUAAAUAGAUGGUCAAAAGAACCACAAAGCAAAAAAAAAAAAAAAAACAAAACUUCAAACACUUAGCACUAAUAUUGCAAUUUGGAAAUGGCAACGCAGGGAGAACUACAAUUGCCUCUUGAUGAAAACGAUUCUGAAGAGAUAGUCUUAUAUGAAAUUCUCAAUGAAGCAAAUGCGCUUUCUUCUUCUUCUUCUCCUCCUUACUCCCAAUAUUUUCCUUCUUUAAUGAACCAACAUUCUCGCCGCGGCCAUAUAGCCAAGAAGCAGCAUUACAGGGGAGUUAGGCGUCGGCCAUGGGGGAAAUACGCGGCGGAAAUCCGGGAUUCAACCCGAAACGGGGCUCGGGUUUGGCUGGGGACUUUUGAAACUGCUGAAGAUGCAGCUUUGGCUUAUGAUAGAGCCGCAUUCAGGAUCCGAGGUGCAAAAGCUUUGCUCAAUUUCCCCCCUGAAAUAGUUAAAGCGUCAAUCGAUCAAUAUCAGUUCACAAUGAUCGGAAAUAAAGUUCGUCAAAGUCGUCCCAAACAGAGGUUAUGUACACCUUCCGAGACUACAGAUCAGCAGAAUAAACAAUCCAGUUCCACAUGAAGCAUUGUUUUUUUAAUGUCACUUGAUAAUUAAUCUAGUCCCUUUUGUAUAUUCCUUCGUCUAUUAAUCUUUUUAUUUUUAUUUUUUUUCCCCUUUACGAAAAUUUCCCGUGCAUGCUUCUGAAACUAAGCAGAUAAGUGGC